CAUCCUGCCCGUCGCCCGGCCCCAGGCGCAUGCGCCCGCACCCUCGCUGACCAUGGCGGCCGAGCGGCUCCCCAGCCGGCCAGCCUGUCUGCUCGUGGCCAGCGGCGCCGCGGAAGGCGUGUCCGCCCAGUCCUUCCUCCACUGCUUCUCGCUGGCCAGCGCUGCCUUCAACCUGCAGGUGGCCACGCCGGGGGGCAAAGCCGUGGACUUCGUGGACGUGUCCGAGAGCAACGCCCGUUGGGUGCAGGACUUCCGCCUCAAGGCCUACGCCAGCCCUGCCAAGCUCGAGUCCAUCGAUGGAGCCAGGUAUCACGCGCUGCUGAUUCCAAGCUGUCCGGGGGCGCUGUCCGAUCUGGCCAGCAGCGGCUCCCUGGCCCGCAUCCUGCAGCACUUCCAGGCGGAGGGCAAGCCCAUCUGUGCCGUGGGUGACGGUGUAGCGGCCCUGUGCUGUGCCACCAAUGAGGACAGGUCCUGGGUGUUCCGCGGCUACAGCCUGACAGGGCCCUCUGUGUACGAGCUUGUCAGGGUGCCCGGCUUCGCCCGCUUGCCACUCAUUGUGGAGGACUUCGCGAAGGACGCAGGUGCUGGCUUCAGUGCCAGUGAGCCUGGGGCUGUGCAUGUGGUACUGGACCGCCACCUGGUCACCGGGCAGAAUGCCAACUCCACUGUGCCCGCCGUGCAGAACCUGCUGCUGUUGUGUAGCCGGAAAUGAGCAGAGGCAGCCAGAAGUGACCCACUAUGGCCUAACACCCCUGUCUCAGGGGAGCCCCGGGAGGGGGCCCAGGGACCCGAGGUGAGCAGGAGCUUCCAGAAGCUGCAGCCCUGGCGUCUGGCUUCGCAUGUGAUAAGUCCACAGAGGUCGGCCGCGAGGGACUCGGAACAGGGACGCUACUGCCCAGCCCCAUGUGGGGCCCGAGACCUGUGCUGCUGUAUGCCAGAGUACCUGCAGUUCUCUGGGGCUGGGGCCGCCUCCCUGCUGAGGUUCAGGCCUGACCAAGCCCGUCCACAGGCCUAGCCCCUUAUACCCCAUCCCCCUGACCAGGGACACCCAGUACCGGCGACCUGGUAGGAGGCCCUUGGUGACUGUCCCGCUGUCCACCCAGGAAGAACCAGCCCCUUGCCCCCAUGUGCUCUCAGACAUCUCUGGACCCAGCCCCGUUUAAAACACAAGAAAGAUGAAAAAAGCAGAGACUAGAAGUGGUGCUGUGCAGGCUCCUG